AUGCUGACCUCCUCCACCUUCAAACCGGCUUCGCUGACUAACGCUUCCGAACCGAUGAAAAGCUCUCGUUCAGCGGCAUCAAGCGUUUCCACCUACAACAAGACAAGCACGCUCUCUCGCUCGGGCUCUUCGUCGUUCGACUGCCUGGAUUGCUUUUCAGCUCUUGAGCCCGUUACUGAGCCAGGCAAGCUGGUGAUCGGCGAAGACUAUGUCACCUUGGCGAGUAAGCCCAUCUUCGACGGCGCAAACGGCAUAAUCUUCAAGGCCUCCGACGCUAAAGGCACUGUGGUUGUUGUUAUUAAGACCGUCAAGUUCCAAAAGUCCCAAACACCAGAAACUUAUAGAGCUCUGGUAUUCAGAGAGUUUGACAAUUUGAAGAAAUGUGCCGCAAGUAAACAAGUGGUGGAUGUGUUAGAUGUUGCCCGCUCCCGUGAUUCCGAAGAGUUGUCCCUCAUCAUUCCGUACUACGUUCAUGGUGAUCUCUUGGAUUAUCUCUGUAAACUUCGGGCGAAGAAAGUCGAAAUUUCUCUGAAUUUGAGAGAUGCUAUAUUCAAACAGAUGGUGAAAGCAGUGGACUUUUUACAUCGUCAUGACAUAGCUCAUCGUGAUGUGAAGCCUGAAAACUUUCUUCUAGACUCUAAAGGAGUACUUAAACUUAACGAUUUUGGAUAUUCAAUUGAUCUCACAAAAACGGAGGAACACGCCAACUUAAGUGGGUUAUCAUGCGGUACUACUUCUUUCAAAGCCCCAGAGUUGAUCCAAAUUGAGCGUGAUGUGAAUGAAGGUAAAGAAAUCGAUGUGUCAAAGAUCAACUUCAAGGCUCUAGAUAUUUGGGCGCUUGGCGUUGUAUACUUUCAUGUCUUCCUUAUGUCUGUGCCUUGGUCUACCGCAAACACCUCUACCGAUGAUAGAAAUAAGGCGAUGGAAAAGUACAUUCAACGAUACCCCGAGGGCGAAAAGCAUUUGGAUGCGUUGGUUGAUAAACUAAAUGACCGGAACUUCAGUGAUCCACUGAAUCCAGCGUUGGCCUUAUUUAAAAAGCUUCAUUAUGAUGCUCGUGGUUUGAUUCUUCACGCAUUGAAUCCUAAACCUGACAAACGUUGUUCUUCAGGCACACUUCUUGAAUCCCAAUGGCUUACACAAGUCUUCGCUCAAACGAAAGAUUUGUUAGACCUAAUCCCAAAAUAA